GCAACGGCCUAGCGUAAGAUCCACGCCUGCGGGCGAGGAGAGUCCGCGCAGGCACAUUCCGGCUCUCAGGCGCUUUGAGCCAAGUGAAAGGGGUGCAGGCCGACAAGAAGACGCAGGCGCACUCCUCUGCCCCUGCCCGUCGCCGGGGCUCGAGGUCCUGAGAAACCGGCUAUUCAGGCUUUCCCUCUAUGGGGGCGGGGACGGCUUCCCACCCCAUGACUCAGCGUCUAGCUCUUUCAAGAUGGUGGUGGCGAAGUCAGAGGGCAGCAGAGCUGCUACGGCCUAUUUCCGUACGUCCAGAGCCUUGCCCUCGCUGGUCACGGUCCUGGGGCUGGGAUAUUUUGCGUGGGUUGUCUUCUGGCCUCAGAGUAUUCCUUAUCAGAACCUAGGGCCCCUGGGCCCCUUCACUCAGUACUUGGUGGACCAUCAUCACGCCCUCCUGCGUAAUGGGUAUUGGCUUGCCUGGCUGAUUCACGUGGGAGAGUCCUUGUGUGCCGUGGUAUUAUGCAAGUCUAAAGGCAUCACAGAUGGUCGAGCUCAACUACUCUGGUUCUUACAGACGUUCCUCUUUGGGAUAGCAUCUCUCUCCAUCUUGAUUGCUUACAGACCAAAACACCAAAAACAAACUUAAAGAAGAUAUCCAAAAGCUUUCUCUUCCCUUUGAUAUUCAACCCCACCUUUUUUAAGGGGUGCUGUGUUUUUCUCAAACUUUCUACUUUCUAGAAAGUUAAGACCCUCUAGUUAUUCAUUAUUCUUUCAUACAUUCUGGUUGAGCUGGAGCAGAUAAUAGGAAAAGACUUUAACUUUCCAAUUCUGCAGACUGACCUGUUUGGCAGAGGACUUCUAGCUACCUUCUUGAGGUCCUUGGCUGUGUUGGUGCUCUCCCUAUCGUCUGGUUUAAGCCAGGCACUAAAUUUGCCUGUUGGCAUACCUUUGCUCCCACCUUCUGAUUAAAACACCUUACCCUUACCAGCACCAUCUUUGUUCUCCUUUCGCACAAUCUUUUCCACCUUUCUGGAACAAGAUAGAGUGAUACUUCCACAACACAUCAAUUCCACAUGCUUUACUAGGCACCUGUGAAUCAAGAUCUUAUUCUUGCAAACUUCUAUUUCUCACACAACCAAGAAAGAUAAGGAAAAUAAACAAGUGCCUGGAAUGGGGCAGGCUGAGCGAUUACAUAGAGGCAAAGAGGACCUGCUGAGAACCAGGAGGAGAGGACUGGGGAAUGCCUUCCUGAUCCUUCCAGCCAGAAGUGAUCCUGGCCACCACAUGGCCCCACGGAGACAGUGCUCUGCAGUGUGCAGGGGUCUAAUGGCCACCACUAGAUUGCUCCUUCAAGUCAGGACCACAUCUUAGACAGCUUUAUUUUUCUUUUAGCACCUGUCCCGUUGCCUUGCACACAGGUAUUCUGUCAGUGUUUAUUGAACAAAGGAGGGAAACUCUGAUUUCACUUUCCACUUGUUGAGUAUCAUUCCAAUUUGUGUGUGAAAAGUUUAGAACCCAUUCAGUGCACCCUCAAAGAAAAGCACAGGACUGCUUUUGACUGUAGUCUCACCAUUCUGUGGGUCCCCUGAUAGGAAACCUGUGUCUUUCGCACUUUCCUAUUCUGGGUCACUUUCUCCAGGCUCUCUAGAUGUCUCCCUCCAGCUCUGGCUUACUCAAAUACAAACAUUCCUUUUCUAAAGAUUCUAGCCCAUGGCUUAUCCAGCUAGUUACUACUACUCCUAUUCACCUGGUUGUACCUUAUGACUGACUGGUAGGGGCAGGAGGGUCAUUGACUGUGUCCCCUGACCCUGGUAGAAUGACUCUGUCACCUCUAGAAGCCAUUAGGGCUUCUUUCCUGGAGGACUACCUUCUUGUUCUCUAGGCACUAGACCUUAUUUUCCUUCCAUGAUACAGUAGGGCAUAUUAUUUGUUUUAAGCAAGCAUUUGUCAGAAACAGCCCUUUCCUCCAAAGAAAGGCCCCAAGUAAAAGCACAACAACAAAAGAUUACGGACUAAUGAAUUGUUGCUGGUGGAGAUCAAUUUCUGCAAAUUAAUGUCGGUCUUUCCCUCUGUUUCUCUUAUGAUUAAGGGGUUGCUUUUUGGUAAAGAAAAAGAUUUUUGAUCAUAGAGUUAAACAUCAUGGAACUCCAACCCAGAUUUUUUAGAAGCAAUGGUCCUCUUCAAAGAGAAAUAAUGAGGAUAAUAUUAAUGGUGCCAGAAACAAUAUGGCAGAUUAGUGAGCGAAAUGGACUAACUUGAAUAAAAUGCUGUGAAUUUCUUCAGAAA